AUGGCUCUGCCAGACUGCGCCUACUUGGAGGUGUUCCCGACCAAAUUUGAAGACUAUUCCUCAAGCGAGAGCCCCUCGUGCUCAUCCCAAGGCUCGGCGGAUUCUAAGCGAAAAAAUAGUCUCAGCAGCCAGGAAGCGGAGGAGCAAGAGCUGAGCUCGCCGGAGUUGAAGCCCGACGUUUCAUUGAUGAACUUCGCCGCUUGGCCGAAGAAGCAAGCACCCGAAUUUUGUGUCGUUUGCGGAAACAAGACCGCCGGCUUCCACUAUGACGUGCCGAGCUGUAAUGGCUGUAAAACGUUUUUCCGAAGAGCCCUGCUCAGCCAAAGGAAAGUGCUAUGUAAAGAGGGUGGUGGCUGUUUGGAGAAAAGUUUGCAAGAAGGCAAAUUCCCAUGUCGUGGAUGUCGUUUUGCGAGAUGUGUAGAAGUCGGAAUGAAUCCAGCUGCAAUCCAAACCGAGCGAAAAAUGCAAAACCAGGAGCUCUAUGAAAAAUUGGCAAAACAAAGGAGACCGAGGGAAGAAGAGCCUGACGACGUGGACGAGCCGCCGAGGGAUGCAAAGCUUCUUAUUGCUCUUCGGAUAAAGGAGAACAGUUUCGAAAGGAUGAUCGACAGCUUGCAGUACUUGGAGAUCAAGGUUGACAAACUACGAUAUUCUACUUACAACCCGAUGAUUUUCGAGAUCGCCACUGAGAAGUUGGCGCCAAUGCCUAACUGGCCACUGAAAGACUCCGAUUUCCCGCCGCUUCCUAAAGAUUUCGUGCCCGGCACCGGCAAGCCACCACCACGGCCGCCAAACCACAAAUUCUGGCUGUUCUUUGAUCUGCUACUUUCCAUCGAAUAUGCAAAGACAUUCGAUUUCUUCAUGAAAUUGGAUCCGAUGGAUAAGCUUGUCCUUACUCGAUACGUGGCGAUGAAUCUACUGGCCUUAAAGCAGAGCUAUGAUACUUUUCUGGUGAACCGGGAUUCGAGAUAUGUGCUCCAUCCUGACGGCACCAUGCCCGGAAGAAAGCCGAGCGGGCGGAAAGUCGACCACCUUGGUCCUGCUGGGAACGAACAAUACAUGGACAACAUCUUCGUCUCCAACCUUGAGGCCCUACGACGAACAAAAAUGGACCAGACCGAGUUUGUGCUCGUGAAGGCGAUCGUGCUCUGCAAUUCUGCGCUGGAUGGCCUAUCCGACGAGGGCCGGAAAAUUAUCGAGACCGCAAAACUCAAAUACAGCGAAGCACUCUUUUCUGCAGAAUUGGCCAAGAAUGGAAGCGCUCAUGGGCCAAAUAGAUUCCAAGAACUUCUUACGCUCUGUGAGUUGAUGGUACGAAAUUCAAAGAAGCACAAGGAAUACCAUUUACUACUUAUGAUCUCACGGCGACCAGCGUUCCUUUCGCAGUUCAUUGAAGAAAUUAUGGACGCG